AUGAAGGUGGUGCAUGAAGUAGUAAUAGUUGGAGCUGGUAUCGCCGGACUUGCAACAACCCUGGCACUCAACAAGACAGGCAUUCAAAUCAUAGUCCUAGAAAAAGCACAUGAACUUUGCGCCACCGGCGCCGCCAUCCCUCUCUCUCCCAACGCAUGGGGCCAUGUGACAAACCUCAUCACCGGUGCAACCCAAGUGAUUAACUUCACUGGAACAAUUAACAGUGGGGAUAUUGGAGCAAGAGCAGUUCAUAGAAAAGUAUUACUAGAAACUCUUGCUAAUGAACUCCCAGAAAAUACAAUCAAGUUCUCAAUCAACAUGUCACGCCCCAGCCCCACAAGCCGGAAUUCUAAACCAACACCAAGCUCUCCUCUUAAAAGCAAAGCGUUGAUCGGUUGUGAUGGCGUGCACUCGGUGGUGGCGCAGUGGCUUGGGCUCACAGCACCGGUGCUUUCCAACCGCUCGGCGAUCCGUGGCUUGGCCGUGUUCCCUUCUGGUCAUGAUUUCAAGCAUGAAGUUCACCAGUUGGUUGGAGAUGGUAUAAGAGCUGGUUUUGUUCCUGUUAAUGAUACUGAUGUUUCAAAAUAUUCAAAAUUCCAGCUUUGCUGCUUUUUCAACCUGGCUGCUUCUACACUGACACACAACGGUGUUGUCACGGUGGCCGGCGACGCGUUUCACCCAAUGACACCGGACCUGGGACAAGGUGGCUGCACUGCACUUGAGGAUGCUGUUGUGCUGGCUCGGUGCAUGGCAAACUCGCCUGACAGCAUGUCAAGUGGCAUGGAGAUGUACGUGAAGGAAAUGAGGUGGAGGGUGGCCGGAAUAAUCACCUGA